AUUCUCUCUAUAGUACUCACCUUUAACAUAGCAAGUUUUACCCCGCUCACCUCACAUAUUGACUGGGCUCAAUUCCGACCCACUGGCAAGCAGGACUUGCAAUCCUACGACCUACUACGAAGUCCACCACCUGCCGUGCACAACCCACGACUCGCACCAACAACCUCUUCUGUCAAGCUCAAACGACAAUGGACCAACAACCAGAAAAGCGCAAAUACUCCGGCCCAUCCGUCGGCCCCAGGCCCGGCCCCGCGCCAACAGAGACGGAGGACGCAUCCAGCAAACGCCGCCGAGUCAUCGGACCCGCGCUUCCUCCAGCGCAAGCCGAUUCUCCCAGCGAAGACAACAACAACAGCAAAAACAACAGCAAUGAUCACAACGAAAGUGAUAGCGCAAGCUCAUCCGAUGAUGACGACGACUUCGGCCCAACCCUCCCCCCACCGGCCGGCAGCACACAACCCAUUCACGCGCCACUAACCACCACCUCCCCGUCUGCAACAACAACCACAACAACAGCCCAACAACCCCAACGAGACGCCUGGAUGCUCGAACCCCUGGAACCCUCCGACCGCACCAGCCGCAUCGAUCCCACACGCCUCAAAAACCGCCGCUUCCAGUCCGGGCCCCGCGCGGGCAACCACGGAGCAGGAGGAGGAGGUAGUGGAGGCGUCGACGUGACGUGGACGGAGACCCCGGAGCAGAAAAUGAAGCGGCUUCAGGAUGAGGUGUUGGGCGUGCAGGCGCCGUCACGCGAUAGGGAUGCGCACGCGGGCGGGGGUGGUGGAGGUGGAGCCUCCAGACAGAACCAGCCGUCCCGGGCGAUGCAGGAGAAGAUUCAGAGGUAUAAUGAGGAGAAACGGAGGGAGGAUGCGGUGGCGCGGGAGACGAGGAAGCGGAAUGGUGCCCAAAAGGAGGAGGAUGAUCCGAGUCAGAGGGCGUUUGAUCGCGAGAAGGAUAUGGGGCUCGGGGGGAAGAUUACGCAUGCGCAGAGAAGAGAGAUGAUGAGCAAGGCGGCGGAUUUUGGGAGUCGGUUUUCAAGUGGGAAGUUUCUGUGAGUUUGUCUGGUUUUGUCCUCG